UUAAUAAAUUUACAUCUUUAAUGAAACUUACCUUUCUUCAUUUAUUUUUGUGCGUGUCAUCACUUUAUGUUUUAAAGGAAGCGUAAUUUCCUUUUUGUUUGAAUUGUUUAAUUAUGCCAUGUUAUAAUUUCCCCGUUGACAGACGCACCCCAUGAUUUAUUCAUCCAUGGUAUCGCCCACAUCGCUGCUCACCUCAAGCCGCUUGUGUGAGUUCCUGAAAUCAAUCGCCAGCAGGAUAUAAAUUUACGCUUGGUUUUCAGCUUUGUGACCUCCAGAAAGACAGGAUCAACCGGGUUUUUCUGGGCUCCUGCGGCGUGAUCGGAAAUCGACGGCGCAUGAAGAGUCUGGAGUCAGGGAAAAAAUCGGGGCACACCAAGGCACAGACAACAGGGAUACAAAAUAAAUACUGUUCUCCCCAUCCAAAAUGGGGAAUUUGCUCUCAUUUAAAUCAAAAGAAGAAAAGUUGAAGGAGGUGGCUUGUCAGCUUUAUGACCAUACAAUGCACAAUAAGGUGUAUGGUGACCCCCUGCUUCCAGAUGUCAGCAUUGACAAGUCCCUUCUGGAAUUUUCCCAUCAAAAUUCAAUUUCCUUACUUUACAGCAAGUUCUCUGUACAGCUUCAGUGCAGUGACUGGCAAGAACAACUGAAAAGACUUGGAAGCAAAGUUCCCGGUCUUGUGAAAGAUGCGGGUACCAAGCUUGCAUCCUACACACCCUUUCCCCUUGCUGUAGGUCUUGGUGCCAUUGUAAUUUCAAUGUUGUGUGAGAAGAUUUUGGACUUUCACAAAAGUGACUCAGAGAGCAGUGCACUGUUGCUGCUGCAGAGGAUUUUUGCUGAGGAGAAGGAGAUGGAGGUCAAAAACCUGAUGGAGGAAUAUCUGAAGCGCCACAUGAUGUAUGUCUUUGAUAUGAAGAAGGUGCAAGAGGAGUUAGUGACCAUGGAGCGCCAACUGAGCUUCCAGCUCACUCGUCUGAAGAACUCAAUGAAAGAUGGCAACAUGAGUUCCCGUUCCCUCAAGAUCUGGGUCAAUGGUGCUGCCUUCCAUGUCCAAAUGCUCAUCCACUUGGUGCGUCUUGGGCAGGGGGACAGCACACCAGUCCAAGCUGCCAUUCAGAGCUACCAGGAGGACGUAGAAGUACUACUGAACCGAUACAAGGAGUAUAAAGCCACCACCAUUAUAAUAGAGCAUUCCCCAUUUGCACUCUUCUACAUUGUGAAGAAUUUCACUGAAACAGUCAGCGGUAUUAAACCUGCUGGUUUUUUGUUAGGGACGGUGGCAGGUGUUUUAACCCCAAUACCUGCUAUUUAUUUUAAUUUUUAUAGAAUUAAGGACAAAGAACUGGGGAAAGAAGUGUUCCAAAUCUCAGUCGUUGACCUGUAUUCAGACAAUGACAAACGUGCCCUUACAGAAGCUUUCUUGGAUCACAUGUUCUCCAAUUUUGAGCAGAUCACCAGACUGAAGGAGUACUUCUCAACUACUGCCAACAAUCUGGACAAACUUAUAGCUGAACAGGGAGACUUUGAUAUUUUAAAAGUUUCUCCAUCUCUGGAGUCCACUGAUGAUGGAGAAGAGGUGACCAGCACUGAUGAAAAGGAUGAGAAAGAGAGCACCAGUCAGAAGGGUAAGUCUCGUGCUACGUACACAAAAAAAGAAUCUGGUAAUGAAGAAUGGAAUGAAACAUCACCGUCUGUGGAAAAGGUGGAGAAGAUGAAUCCUGCAUUAAACAGUGUGAUGAGAAGCUAUUGAGUGCUCUGACUAAACGGACUGAUUUCAUCAUAUUGUUCAUCUUGAUGAAAUACUCAUAAUGCAUUGUUGUGUUGUUUCAUCAUCAUCAAGACCUUCCACCCCUCCUGGGGCAUAAGCCACCAGCAAGGGCUUUCCAGGUGUCUCCCAAGAGUUGUGAUGUCUUGUAGUUCAGUAGCUGGCCCCACACCCAAUCCUCCUCCUUUCUCAGCCAGGCUUGGGACCAUCCAUGGCAAAGUUCAUGUGUUGAUUAGUGAUUUUUAAAUCUAAAACUUGAGAAGAGGACUUCAAGUAGCAUACAAGAAUGAAUCAUGCUCUUAAAAUAAAGUUGAUAAGCUGGUGAUGGACUGGCAUCCCAUCCAGUGUGUGCCUCAUCUUAGACCCUAUGGUUUCCAUAACCUUUCCCACAUCACAGCUGGGUCAUUGUACUCUUUUCUGGGAAUCUCCAGAACUGCACCUGAACAGUAUGCAAAGUUGGUACAAUCUUACCAUAGAAGACAUUUUGUGGCAAAAAGGUGGUUCCACUUUUUUAAUGUGUGGGGACUGAAUACUUAUGCAAACGGUAUAGUUCCAGUUUUAAUUUUUUAACAUAAAAGUAACAUCACCUUAAAACAGAGUUUGUGUGUUUUAGAAUAUCACAGAGGAGAAAGUUUCAAGGUAUUAGUGAUUUGGUAAAGUUAUAAAAUUGGGGAUUUUAAUACUUUUGUAAGGCAUUGUGUCUAAAGCCUGAGCAGGGAUAUUCUGUUUACUAAUUACCUGUAUUUUAUACUGAUUAGCACAGUUUUUCCAAACAACUGAUUAAUCAAUAUACAGAGUGACUUUUUCCAUCCAACACAAUUUACUUUGUCAUACUUGUCAUCAUCAUGAUAACUUUCUUUAGUGAAACUGCCUCAGAGAACAAGUAAAAUAAUGAUGUUUUGUGAUAAAGUUAUGAUUGUUGGAAUCUUCCAUAGUCACCCAUUGAGU